CGGCUCGUGAAAAGGCAUCUUAAUAGUUUUAUAAUAAAGAUUAUGAAUGAAACAGGUCAAAGCGAAGUUACGAGGUGGAUAGCCAUAACAUAUGUAUAUUUCUUGAGAAUAUCGCAAUUUCGUAGUCCGAUUUCAUAAUUGCUAUCCUCGACGAUAUUACAGAUUAUCUAUCAAAUAAGUUUCAUACAAUAAGGAACUGUGUGAUUGAAGUCUUGGGUAUUUUAGUGUAAGAAGCAUUGAUCGGUGAAGGUCUAACGAUAUUACAGCUUGUCUGUCAUGAGUUUUAUACAACGAGAAACUGUGGAAUUUGACUUCCUGUGUGAUUGGAAUCUUGGGUAUUAUUGUAUAAAAAGCAUUGAUCGGUGAAGGCCUAACAGAUGAACAAAAGAACCGACACGACAAAUGCCAAUUUAGAAGCAUAUGUUGCAUUGUAGUGCUUAGUGAGAUCCAAAAUGCUUUAGACUUGGUAACGCCUGUGAAAAUAAUUAUUUUUUUUGUAAUUAAAAUAGAAAGGAAAUAAGACAAUGAGUAAGAUUUUAGGAAUCUUAAGAGCAAAAGUAAUUAGUGGAACUACCAUUCCUACUGCAAUUGCUUCCAAUCCGUCUAAUUUAAAUGAAAUUGAGGAAGAAAUUAAAAGAUUAGAACAAGAACAAGAAGAAUAUGAUAGACAAGCAAUAAAUGAUUAUCAAGAAAAAUUGGAUGAAGAGGAACGAGAGGCUAAAAGAGAUGGGAUAUAUGAUGGAGAUUUAAAAAAAAGUAUUGAAGCAAGAAAAAAAGCCCUAGAUGAUUAUACUGCAAUUGCUCCCAAUUCAACGUCUGAUUUCUACCUCAAAUUAAAGGAAGUUGAAGAAGAAGUUCAAAAAUUAAAACCAAACCAUGAAGAAGGUGAUAUACAAGCAAUUGAUUAUCAAGCAAAAUUACAUGAAUUGGAUGAACUGGAACUAAAGGCCAAAAGAGUUGGAGUAUAUGAUGGAGAUUUAAAAGAACAUAUCAAACAAACAAGACAAAAAAUUAUAGACUAUAAUGUAAUUACUUCCACUCCAUCUAAUUUAAGAAGAAAGAAAAUUGAAGAAGAAAUUAAAAAAAUAAAACAAGAACAAAAAGAAAAUGAGAGACAAGCAAUGAUUAAUUAUCAAGCAAGUUUGCAUGAAUUGGAUGAACUAGAACUCGAUGCCAAAAGAUAUGGACUAUAUAAUGGAGAUUUAAAAGAACAUAUUGAACAAGCAAGAAAAUAUGUUAUACAUGGCUAUAACAAAUUACUUUUAUUGAUUGCUAAGCAAAAUCUAACUUCAGAAAUUGGUAUUGAUGCAUUAGAAGCAGAAAAUUUUGACAAUAUAAAUACAAGAAAUAAUUCUGCUGUAAGGAUGUCUUUUGAUGAUCAGCCGGGAACAAGCCGAACACCUGCAAAAUGUAGUAGUGCCUUAAAAUAGUGCAGUAUCUGAUGUUGAAACAACAGUAACAUUAGAAGAAAAUAAUAUUAAUAAUCCAUUAAACUUUAUAUUUUUAA